CUCACACCGGGCAAGCACGGCCAAGGCACACCAAUGCCGUCCGCCCCGUUCGAGGAUUACUACGAGGUCCUCGGGCUGCAGCGCGGCGCGAGCAAGGCGGAGGUAUCGCGCGCGUACCGCAAGCUUUCGCUCGAGGUCCACCCCGAUCGGUACAAGGGCCCCGACCCGGACGGCGCCGUCGCGCGCUUCCUCAAGCUGACGCAGGCCAAGGAGGUGCUCGAGGAUGACAAGGCGCGGGCGGCGUUCGACGCCGUGGUCGACGCCAAGGCGGCACACCGCGCCCGCCAGGAAGCGCAGGAAGGCGGCCGGCGCAAGAUGCGGGAGGAGCUCGAGGCGCGAGAGGCGGCGGCAAAGGCGGCAAAGUUCGCGCCCUCCGCUGCGGCGGCAGCGGCGAAAGAGGAGCGGGAGCGCGAGUCGGCCGAGGCGGCUGCGCGCGCCGAGCUGCAGCGUGAGAUCGAGCGGCUGCGUCGCACGGGACGCCUCGACCCCACCCGACCCGCGGCAGCGGCCCCGGCGGCGGCGGCGGCGCCCGCGGCGGCGCCUGCGGCGCAGGCGGCGGGCGGGUCGUACUCAGUGGUGGUGCGCUGGCAGGCCGCCGACGCCUUCACCGAGCAGGACCUCCGUCCGCUGCUGCUGGCGGCCGCGGGGAGCGCCGCUCCCGAGGCGGCCACCUCCAUUCGCGCGGCGGCGCUUGCGGUGGCCGGGCGCAAGGCGCUGCUGCAGGUGCCGGCUGCGGUGGCGGAGGCGCUGGUUAGCUCGCGCGCGCUCGUGGACCGGGGCCUGCAGGUGAGCUUCGCCGGAGGCGCCGCGGAGGCCGCCGCCGCCGCAAAAGAGGCGGCCGCGCACGGCGCGGCGCCCUCCGGCGGCCCGCCUGACCAGCUGCCGGAGGGUUGGCGCACGGCGAUCGCGCCGGACGGGCGGCCGUACUUUUACCACGCGCCGAGCCGCAGGACGCGGUGGAAGCGGCCGGCUGCCGGCGGCGGCGGGGACCGGCUGAGCCACGAGGCGCUCGAGGUGGCGACGCUCGAGCGGCUGCGCCGCGCGAGCGAGGCGCAAAGGCAGGCGCGCGGGGGGGCGUGACACUUGGCGUGACGAGCUCUCCGACUCGAGAGCGCGUGGCUGCGACCAGGUCUAUCCCCGAAUGGCUGUCCGGAUCCAAUCGAUGGAGCGUGUCUGCUUGAGCUGAUCGUACGCGGGUAUGUCGGGUGCUGUCGGAGCUGUCGGGUGUUGCUGUCAGACGCUGUCUGAGCUGUCAGAGCUGUCAGGCUGCUGCUGCUGUCAGACGUUGGGCUGUUGCUGUCAGGUGCUGUCAGGUGGUGCUGUCGGGGUGCUGUCAGGCUCUGACACACACCAGCCACACUUAUGACACCAUCAAGAGGAGACCAGCAGGGCUCUACUAC